CGUCCACGGCUUGACUUCAAAACAAAACGUCGUGUCUGUAUUAUGAAGUUGACUCCCUGAACUGCCUUGUACUCAAUGUAUUAGCAGCCCAAUUCCUCUACGACAGAAAAGUGAACACCAGCUACACUUCCUAAUAUAGAUUUCGAGUUUUCAUUGCAGAUAUCGUCUAGUAUCUCACGAUGAUUCUAUCAAGCUUGUUAUCUCUUAUUGGUGUUGCUAUUUGUCUGUCUGGCUUCAUCACCGAGUCGAAUUCGCAGUUUGCUGGUGACGUCCGUCUUGUGAACUCAUCUUUAGAAAGCGAAGGCCGAGUGGAAGUAUAUCAUAACGGGACGUGGGGAACAAUUUGUGACAGUUCCUGGGACAUAAGAGAUGGUCAUGUCAUCUGUCGACAACUUGGAUACCCAGGAGCCAAAAGUACUUAUUCGUAUGCCUAUUUUGGAAGUGGUACUGGUAAAGUUUGGUUAAAUUAUGUCUACUGCAGUGGUACAGAGAAAAAUUUGACAAGUUGUUCACAUAGUACAUGGGGACGUUAUUCAUAUUACUGUAAUCACAGACAUGAUGCUGGGGUUGCUUGUCGCAACAAAACCGCACCAGGAAGUGACAUUGGAGGCAGUUGUACGUUCGAGACAGGAUCAAAUCUUUGUGGCUAUACUAAUGCAAAAGACAAUGUAGUGAAAUGGACUCUGAGACAAGCUUCAAGUUAUUACUACUAUCCCUACGGGUCAAACCCACAUGUCGAUCAUACUUUUGGAAACGGAUAUUAUAUUUCGAUGCAAACCUAUUCUUAUUACCACAGAAGCAACAACAUGGCCCGCCUUAUCAGUCCUCAGAUAACUGGUGGAAAGUGCGUUAAGUUUUAUCAUCACAUGAAAGGCUCCAAUCUUGCUCAACUGAAUGUGUUUGUAAAUAGUAGCAAUAAAGAAACCCUGAUAUGGCAACAGGUCGGUGGACAGUAUUCUUAUUAUACAUGGAUGAUGGUGAUAGUUCCUGUGGAGGGUGUUACGACAUUUAAGAUUAUAUUUGAGGGCGGCAUUGCUGGGUCUUCACGUUACUAUGGAGACGUCGCCUUGGAUGACAUCCAGAUUCUUAAUGUCACCUGUAAGCUUGAAAACUCUGGCAACUGUAACUUCGACACGGGGAACCUUUGUGGAUAUACAAAUGCCAAGGAUGAUGACUUCGACUGGUCUCUACACACUGGUAGAACUGUGAAUUACUAUGCCACGGGCCCGCAACAAGAUCACRCUACAGGAAAAGGUAACUACAUAUAUAUCCGAACGUCUUCGCGCAACGGGGUAGCAGGUCAAAUUGCUCGUCUUAUCAGCCCUGAAAUAUACGAUACCCAGUGUGUUGAGUUUUACUACCAUAUGAAGGGAUCUACUAUUGGUGAUCUAAAUGUGUUCAUAGACGAUGGCGUUUCAAAGAAGAUGGUUUGGCAGCUAGUAGGAGAGCAAUCAUCCAACUGGAGUAAGGCUGCGCUUCCAGUCAAAGGUCUGAAAGCAUUUAGGAUAAUUUUUGAAGGGGUUUCUGGUGCAGACUACAGGGGGAAUAUCGCCAUUGAUGACAUUACGGUCCAUCCAGACACAUGUGCACUAUUCCCUGCCGCUGCUUCAUUAACGCUACUAGACAUCAGGAAUAUCACGCACAAUGUUCGCUUGGUGGGCAACGUUUCGUCAGCAGGGCGGCUUGAAGUCUUAUACAAAGGACGCUGGGGAACAGUUUGUGGUUCAAAUUUCCCACUAACCUCGGCCAGAGUGGUCUGUAAGGAACUAGGGUAUAUAGACGCUGAGAUGGUGGUUCCCUGCUGUUCGAUUUUCCCUUCAGGCAGGGGACGCAUUAUGUUAGAAAAUGUGCAGUGUCGAGGAGACGAACCUAGUAUCUCCAUGUGUUCUCACAGGGGAUGGGGGAUCGCCAGGUGCGCUCACCAGCAAGAUGUUGGAAUUAUUUGCCACACGAAAAACAACCUUCACAAAAUGCGUCUAAAUGGCUCGUCCCAUGACUAUGAAGGUCGAGUGGAAGUAGAAGUAGGCGGAAUAUGGGGUACAAUUAGUGAUAACGGUUGGGACAUAUGGGACGCUGAUGUAUUCUGCAGACAAAUAGGCUUUGCUGGAGCAAGAGGGGUCUCCAAUAGUGCUCGUUAUGGUUCUGGAUCUGGACCUGUGUGGAUAUUAGGUACUGAUUGUACAGGACAUGAAUCUGCAAUAUGGAACUGUAACGUGACGUUGAAUACAAGCCCUCGGAUGCAUGAUUGGAGACACUGGAAAGAUGCUGGAGCAGAAUGUUAUGAUCUUCGCCUCACGGGUGGAAGGGACGUGAACCAAGGAAUAGUCGAGAUUAUGUAUUUUGGUGUUUGGGGCACCAUAUGCAACGUUGGCUGGGACAUGGAUGAUGCGAAAGUAGUCUGCAGACAGCUGGGGUACUCCAGAGCUGUGUCGUUGAAAUUGGGAUAUUCUGCCAUUCCUUCGAAUAAUACAGAACCUCUAACGACAGACUUGAAGUGCGUAGGGAAUGAACCUUCUAUUGGACUUUGUAGCCAACAAGUACUUUUCUCUAUUAUGCACCGUUGUGACCACACCAAAGACGCUCAAGUCGUUUGCGGCGAUCCUAUUAGACCAACACCCGUUAAACCUGAAAAGGGUGUGGUUGAAAUUCGCUUUCUAACACUCAGCAAAAAGGAUUGGCAAAUAAACGUGUUUAAAAAAUCAUUUGUCGCUCAACUUAACGCUUACUGUCAAAACCAUACUUGUGCGAUCCAAAGUAAAUUCAAGUCUUCCGACAUCAUCAUAAUCCCGAACUAUCCAAAGACAUCUAAAAAACACCUCGUGAUACAAUUCAAGGUGUCCUAUCCAGGAUCAAACCGAUUGUUUCCUAAGCAAAUCAUAUAUAAUAUGGCUAGAGAACAGAAGAAUAUCGCCGGCUACCCCAUCGUGCUGCCAACCCCGAGUGCCUCCCCUCAGAGUAAGGAAAACCAAUCCACUGGCUUAAAUUGGAAGAUGAAAAUAGUGGUUAUUACGUUGGUUGUAGUUGUUUUUGUCGCCGCAGUUUUGAUCAUCGUAUUCAUCUACAGAAAGAGAAAAGUAGCAAGAGCAUCAUCAGUGCGCUAUCGUGUCCAAAAUAUGAUUCCAGACGACAAUAAUGACGAUGUCCAUGAUGAUUCACUUCUGGCGCUAGAUCACGACGACCAGGCUCCACUCUUAACCAGUGUUGCGAAUGCGUAGUCUAUAAUUAGUUCGUGGACUAAAAGCAUAAUUGACAAGUGUCAAUCAACCAUUCUCGAACAGCAGCUAGUAACGACGGCGUAAAAAUAACUACAUAAAUAUUCAAAACCAACGCUGAAAAAUUAGCUUUGAAUAAGCACUUUUUAAGAGUUUAAUUAUGGCUGAAAUUAAAACCAACAAAAAAAAAAAAAAAAAAAGGAAACUAGAAAAAAGUUUUCUCCCACCAUUUAAUUCGGCCUUUUUAAGGACAUACAGCUUUCUAUCAAAACUGUCAUCGCUGAUCACCACCGCGAACUGAAAGCAUGACAUAGGUAAUGUCAUAUAAGUAAUUAAGCUUUAAAAAAGCACAUUUCUCUAGGUAAUGUCAAACUGAAUAGUUCCACGGCUGUUUUAUAGAUAACUUUGAACGCUCUUGUUCAUUGGCUAGUUAUUAAAACUUCUCUAUAGGUGACGUCACAUUGGAGAACUCCAUAAAUGUUUUAUGGAUUGCGCAUGCAAAUUGGCUAACAGUUUUCUAAUGAUAUUCUAUAGAUAGUACGUCUAUUUCAUUGACUAGCCAAGCUAGAGUUACAUAAUAGAUGACGUUACCGCAUUGAACAGCAGUCUAUAGAUAUUUUGCAUGUAUAUAGUACGCACAUGUUCAUUGGCCUGCUAAGCGUUACCUUACGUGACGUCACAUUGAACAGUUUUACAGAUAUUUUGCAUGUAUAGUACGCACAUGUUCAUUGGCUAAUCUUUCCGUUUUAGUUAAAACAUCCCGCGCACGACCGCGCAUGCGCACUUGAUAUAAAAGACACUGACCGUUUCAAA